AUGGCUACUGAUCAGAAGAAGCCCUGGGCCGACGGGCCAUUUGCCCUUAUCAGCAGCGCUCGCGCUGGAUCCAAGAAAGGAGUCAAGACCACAGGGGCAAGCCGAAUGGCCGAGGACAUGAUCAUCAUCCACAACCUGAUCAUCCGGAUCAUCAACACGGUAUACCUGCAAUGUGUCAAGGUCGAGAAGUCCCCGAACGAUGUCCAGGACUUCGUCUCAUACUCGAUGGAAUGGGGCAAGAUGGUGGAGGAGCACCAUCAUACCGAAGAGACGGACGUCUUCCCAGAGAUCGAAAAGAUGGCCGGAGUAACGGGCCUGAUGCAAGCCAACGUUGCGCAGCACGAAGCCUUCAUCGGCGGUCUUCACGAAUACAUGGGCUACUUGCAGAGGGUGCAAAAGGAGGAAGAGGCGUACAGCGGGGAGAAGCUCAAGAGCAUCAUCGACUCCUUCAUGCCGGGGCUGCGGCAGCACUUGGACGACGAGAUCGAUACGCUGUUGAAGCUUGGAGAAUACGACCGCGAGUGGGACGUGUGGUUCGAGAAGCUCAUGAAGAAGCUGCUGGGGAAGAGCAACGAUCCUGCCCUCAAGACGACAACCUUCCCACUUCUUCUCACGAACCGAGACAGGACGUUCGACGAGGGGGUUUACGCGUGGUGGCCUGCGCUGCCGUGGUUCGUCGUUAUUCUGUUCCGGUGGUUCUUCAUCCCCACACACAAGAGCUGGUGGCGGUUUUCUUCGUGCGACGACCAGGGCGUGCCCAAGGAACUGCCGUUCGCCUGA